GAAGAAGAAGAAGAAGAAGAAGAAGCGGGCGACAAAGAAGAAGUCGACGAUGACGAAGAAGAAGACAACAACAACAGUAAUAGCUAAAAGGAUCUAACGCGUGAGAACAUGGGGCGGACUGGUACACGGCGGCGUUAUCAAGAGGAUGUUAUCUCAGAUGAAGAGAUUGAUGGAAGGAGAACGUUUAAUUUGGAGGAAAAAGUCCACUGCCAGAGGUUCAACUCUGAUCGGAUCCUUCGCAUGCAAGGAAAAGAUUUAACAUAUGAACUCAUCCAAAGAAGUGGCCUGAGAGACCCAAUCAUCUUUGAGAAAAUUGAUGGACUAGGACUCAAGAUGCCUGAUCCAAACUUCAGUGUUAGUGAUGUCAAGAUGUUUGUUGGUAGCAGACGUAUGAUUGAUGUCAUGGAUGUAAGCACUCAGAAGGGGAUAGAGAUGUCCAUGGCCCAGUGGACACGGUACUAUGAGAGUUCUCCAUCUCAGCGAGAGAAGCUCUACAAUGUCAUCAGCCUGGAGUUUAGCCACACAAAGAUGGAAAAUCUGGUCAAGAGACCUUCCACACUUGAUCUUAUAGACUGGGUUGACAACAUGUGGCCCCGUCACCUGAAAGAAAGACAAAGGGACUCAACCAACUCAAUCAGUGAUAUGCAGUAUCCCAAAGUACAAAAGUACUGUCUGAUGAGUGUGGAGGGAUGCUAUACAGACUUUCACAUUGACUUUGGAGGAACAUCCGUGUGGUACCAUGUUCUAAGAGGGAGCAAGGUAUUCUGGUUGAUCCCUCCCACCGCUCAGAACUUAGAGUUAUAUGAACACUGGGUGCUGUCGGGAAAACAAUCGGAUAUUUUUCUUGGGGAUCGUGCUUCUGACUGCCAGAGGAUUGAACUUCGACAAGGAUGCACCUUUAUCAUACCAUCAGGUUGGAUUCAUGCAGUCUACACCCCUGUGGAUUCUAUUGUCUUUGGUGGAAACUUCCUUCACAGCUUUAACAUUCCUAUGCAACUUAACAUUUGCAAUAUAGAGGACCGCACACGGGUUCCAGUGAAGUUCCGUCACCCAUUUUUUUACGAGAUGUGCUGGUAUGUGUUGGAGCGCUAUAGCUACAGUCUGACCAAGACUUCUUACCUCACACCAGAGUUCCAGAAAUUGUCUCUGGACAUUGGUAUGAACCCAAAGACAAAACAUUUGCUUUAUGGUAGAUAUCCAGCAACAAAUAACUUUUUUUUCCUCUUCUCUAAUUUAAAUAUACUCUCUGGCACAGAUCCAGCAUUUGAGAAUAUGGCGGAAGAAGAUAAGAGUGUCAGUGAAGAUGAUGUUUUAGAACAGCUGUUGGACAAACCAGCGAAUGUUAAUUUGACUCCGUUGGAGCUAGAAGGGCUUUGGAACUUGGUGGGCAAACUUGAGUCACUCCCAUCCAACAAGAAGUGUGUCCCACCAGGCAUACACAAUUCCCCUGCACUCAUCACACACAUUAAGGCACUCCUAAAGGAGCAUGCUAAUGAUGAUCCCAAAAAAUCCUACACCGGAAAACCAAUUGUUAAGUGGUCAAAGAGGUCCUUGAACCAUCAGCCUCUUCAACCACCACCAGCCCUUAAUCCUAAAUUUGUUGCCACUCCUGUCAUGCCGCGACCACAGAAGCCUGCGUCUUCCAUGUCUGUCUUGAGAAGGCGCAGGGUCAGGUGUAAGCGCUGCGAAGCAUGUAUGAGAACUGAAUGUGGAGAAUGUAAUUUCUGUCGAGACAUGAAGAAGUUUGGAGGACCUGGAAAGCUAAAGCAAACCUGUGUGCUGCGCCAGUGUCUCUCACCAGGACUUCCACUGUCUGCUGUUUGUGAAAUUUGCAAGGAGCCUAACCAAGAUGAAACUGGAGAUCACUUCUUCACUCUGAUGGAAUGUUCAAACUGUGCACAGAUAGUCCACCCAUCUUGCCUCACGAUUCGGGGUGAGGGAAUUAUCAACAAAGACCUUCCAAGCUGCUGGGAAUGUCCGAAAUGCGUUCAAGGGAUCACUGACUCGGAGCAGCGGAAAUGUUCUUCUCUGCUGGAUGCCCGCAUGGCUAAGAUAUUCCGACAGCAGAGACACUGUCGUGAUGGAAAUGACUCCAGUGAUGAUGACGAGGAUGAAGCCACACACAGAAAAAAGUCAAGGAUACAGCCAGGAGGAUGCCACUCUUCCCGGAGAGGAUUGCGUACCAACAGGAGAGGAUUGUUCAAAGGAGGAUCAACCCACAGAGGAAGCAGGGAAGGCCCUGUGACUCCUGGUACUUCCAUCUUCAAGUUCAAGGCUGGUAGGAGGAGAGGGAUGAGAUUAAGGGGUGGUUCAAGGAUGCAGCAAAGAGGUGCUUCUACUGAGGAAUCUGAUGAUGGUGAUGAAGAGGAAGAUGAUGACAGCGGACAUGGAGACCAAGAUCAGCAUCCUCAUCAGUGUAGGAGAAGGUCCAGGACUGAUGAAGAGGAAGAUGAGGACAGUGAAAAACAUGAGUUUGACCCAGAUGAUGAGGGCAUGGACCUAGAAGAAGAAGAAGAGCUAGAAGGACCCUGGGAUUCUGACCCAGAACCUCCAGUGCUCCUGAUGUCUGAUCUCAAUGAUGACAUACUUUGUGGCUCCUACCUGACUGUGACUCUACAACGCCCGAUCAUUACUGAUAAAAAAUCUGGUUGUAUCGUUCCAAAAAUGGAAGCUGCCAUGGGUUUGAGGUCACCUCCACUAAAUGCAUGUGGUCAACCAAGCAUCAACCGGAAGACCACUUUUAACAAAGCUUUAAGGUUCAAGAGCAACGACAACACACGGGAAGGGCAAAUUCUACAAGGACCAGGAAGGCCAAGUCAUCGUGGCAACUGUGUCAUCCGGAGCGCUAUCGAUCAGUCUGUGUCCUCAGACGAAGGGGAACCAUCCACCUCUUCUGUCUCUCCUGCAAUGUCACCUCCUUCCCUGCUGUCCCUGUCAUCUUUUCAGGAUGUGGAUGAGAGUGGAGGAGAAAAGGAAGUGUGGGUGUCUGUUUUCAGAUACCUUAACAGAGCUGAGUUGCUCAAGUGCAUGACUGUCUGCAAGGCCUGGUAUAAGUGGAGUUUUGAUAAGCAUCUAUGGAGCCAUCUGGAUGUGAGUCGAUUCAACCCCCUGAGCAACCAGGCCUUGGCAGGUAUCAUAAAACACCAGCCCACUUCUUUGGACCUCUCAUGGACGCCCCUGGCCAAAAGACAGCUCAACUGUCUUCUAACCAGGCUACCAGGUCUUCGAGAGUUAAGGGUUGCUGGCCUGUCCUGGACAUGCCUGUCAGCAUUGGUCACCCCGACUCUUCCCUCUCUUCGACUACUGGAUCUGCGUUGGUGUGAAGGCAUUAAAGAUACCCAAUUUAAAGAGCUCCUCACCCAUCAUGGUUCUGAGUCAUCUUACUGCAGACUAAAGAACAUAGUGACACUGCACCUGUCUGGUCUGGAUAUCAACGAGUCCACUUUGAGACUUAUUCAGCAUCAUAUGCCACACUUGGAGAACCUGGAUGUGGCUCACUGCAAGAACAUUACAGAUUCUUCAAUAGCUUUGCUUGCAGCAGUGGGCACACGCACUCGCAACAACCUCAGUGAACUCAUUCUAUCAGGUUGUCAUCAGUUGAGUGAUGGCUGCAUGUCCUACCUGAAGCGUAUCUCCUCUUUGACUUUUCUGGACCUAAGAGGCUGCAAGAAAAUCAGUAUACAAGCCUGCAACGCCUUCAUCUCUGACCUGUCACACAUCGCUGUGUUCUGUAUGAUCGAGGAUAAGGUUAUCCAAUAUCUAAACUAAGUGGUUAUUCACUUUUGGACUGAAGCCCAAUGUCACAAAAUUGCUGCUUGGGCAGUGUACUAAUGUCUUUCACAUCA